GAGUAUCAUAACAGAAGGAAUCAUGCAUAUCCUCACAAAUACGAACUAGAUAUAAAAAUGAGGGAUUUUGGGAUUACGACUCGCGUUUUGAUCAUCGCCAUAGUGAUGAUCAAAGCAGCAGAAGCAAGCAGGAGCAGCGAAAUGCAGGCAUUGAUGAAAUUUGGGUGGCCACGUGAUGAUAUCAACUCCACUACUCAUCACUGCAACUGGACCGGCAUUACUUGUGAUGAUGCUGGCCAUAUCAACGCUCUACUUCUCUCUCAUACUACUCUUAGUUUUAAGUAUUUUGAUGUGUUUGCUUUUCCACAUCUCACUAGAAUUAAUCUCACCUUUUGUCGCCUCAAUGGAACCAUCCCACCACAGAUAGGUUCUCUCUCCAAACUAACUCAUCUCGAUUUGUCACACAAUAAACUCAACGGUGAAAUGCCUCUCUCGCUUUCCAAUCUCACUAACUUACAAGUCCUUGACAUUUCUCAUAACUAUUACAUUUCCGGUGUCAUUCCUCCGGAGAUAGCAAGCUUAUCCAAACUAACUCAUCUUGAUUUGUCAAACAAUGCACUCUACACUCAUCUGCCUCUCUCACUUGCAAAUCUCACUAACUUACGGCUGCUUGACAUUUCUCAUAACAGAGUUUCCGGUGUCAUUCCGCCCGGAAUAGGUUACCUCCAGCAUUUGAUUGUUCUUGAUUUGAGCCGCAACAGAAUCAGUGGCUCUCUGCCCUCCACUAUGAGCCAAUUAACUCGAUUGGAAUUAUUGAAAUUGGAAGGCAAUAUGUUGAGAGGUGUUUUUGAAGCAGGAAUACAAAAGCUUCCUUCAAUUAAAACGAUAAGCCUCAGCCAGAAUUGGAUUAAAGGAAGGAUACCUUUCGAGUUUGGAGAUGUUGCUAAUGCACAGUUUUUGAAGAUUGAUCUGUCUCAGAACUAUCUUCGUGGUAGAGUUCCCGAAUCUCUUUCGCAUUUGGAAAGAAUCGAUUUGGCCUACAAUCGUUUAGAAGGCCGGAUUCCACCAGACAUCUGGCGUAAAUUUCCGGAGAAAUCGUUCAUCGGCAAUCCAAAGUUACGUUCUCCAAAUGGAUCCAGGAUCACUCCAAUUGUGAUGGAGGACGCCAAAUAUCCUCGAAUACGAAUAAGUUAUGCUGUUAUUGCUGUGGUGACACUAUUUGGAAGUGUGUUUUUGUUUUCAUCAGGUUUUAUUCUAAUCUUUUGCUUAAGACGGAAAGCAGACUCAGUCACAUCUCAUGAUGACCAGAGACAUGGAGACAUAUUCAAGAUAUGGAACUUCGAUGGAAACAUCGCCCAUCAACACAUCAUCCAAGCAACAGCAAACUUCGAUUUCAGAUACUGCAUUGGAACUGGAGCUUAUGGGAGCGUCUACAGAGCUCGACUGCCAAGUGGAAAAGUUGUUGCAGUUAAAAAGCUUCAAAGAUUCGAAGGAGAAAAUCCUAAUUAUGACAAGUGUUUUAGGAAUGAAGCCAAGCUUCUCUCUGAAAUACGUCAUCGCCAUAUUGUCAAGCUUUUCGGUUAUUGCCUGCACAAACGGAGCAUGUUCCUCAUCUACGACUACAUGGAAAGAGGAAGUUUGUUUAGUGUGUUGAAGGACGUGAAGGAAGCGAUUGAGUUAGAUUGGAAGAAGAGGGUAAAUGUGGUGAAGGGCAUUGCAAACGCCCUAUCUUACAUGCAUCACGAUUGCAGGCCGCCAAUUCUGCACAGAGACAUUUCGAGCAGCAACAUACUCUUGAAUUCACAGUUUGAAGGUUGUUUAUCUGAUUUCGGAACAGCUAGAUUAUUGGAUCCAGAUUCAUCCAAUCAGACUCUACUAGUGGGAACUCGCGGCUAUAUUGCACCUGAGUUGGCCUUUACCAUGGUGGUGACAGAAAAAUGCGAUGUGUACAGCUUCGGAGUUUUGGCAUUGGAAAUCAUGUGUGGAGAUCAUCCGGGGGAUUUCGUAUCCUCCAUGACCAUGAUGAAGAUAUCCACACAGUAUGCUCAAAACUUGAUGGUGCAACAACUCUUGGACAAGAGACUAGCAUCUCCAGAGGAAGAUGUAAGAGUGUCUAGGGAAAUUGUUGGAGUGGUGAAAACAGCACUCAAAUGCAUAAGCUCUGAUCCAAAGUCGCGGCCGUCUAUGAAGGAGGUGUCUCAGAAACUUGCUGCGAACCCACCACGCUUGUCAAUGCCCUUUCGCUCCAUAUCAGUGCUACAACUCUUGCAUUCAGAUUGAGCUCACAACUGGUUCUUUGAUUAGUAAAGUUAUUGUUGUGGUAUCGCCUCGCCCUCGAUUCACCAUUCUCUUGUCACGUUUUGUCACGUUCCCAAUGCUCAGCGACACACGGAGCUCUUGUGUAGACCACGCACACGUUAGCGACCUGCUCUUUAAUUUAAAGUCUUGCUUGUUUGUAUCCCAUUGAAAUAUAAGAAUUAAUUAAAUUGCA